CACUCCCAGUACAGGAGGGCGCACAGGCCCUACCACAAAUCUAGAGGGAUUUUCAGUCGAUUUGAAGCUAGACCCGAUUGCUAUCCCGGCGUUUGAUGGAGACAUGUGUAACUGGCUGGCUUUCAAAGAUGCUUUUGAAACGCUUGUACAUCGGUCCACUUACCCUGAAGCGUAUAAGUUGGGUAAGCUACGGCAAGCAGUCAGUGCGAGCAGUGUACCCUUAGUUGGAGGUAUAUACUCUGGUGGAUAUGAGGAGGUGUGGAAGGCCUUGAAGGAGCGCUACGACAACAGGAAACAGCUUGCUGAAAUACACGUGUCACGCUUCCUUAACCUCAAAGUAGCUGCAGAAGAAUCAUCGAAGGCCUUACUAGCUAUUGUUGACACGGUGCAUGAGAUGUUGCGCGCAUUACGAGUCAUGGAGAUUCCCGUCAAUCAAUGGGAUGCAUUAUCGGUGCCAAUUGUGGUCUCGAAGCUACCAUCUGCUACGAAAAGGGACUGGUGUAUGAAAUGUUCUUCACACGAAAUACCUCUACUAGAAGAUCUUCUGAAAUUUCUUGAAAGACGGGCGCAUAGCAUUUCUGCGGAACCUCCGCCCCGACAGCAACGCUCGGUGAAGUCGCACGUGGCAGCUGCUGAGGUGGGACAGUGCGCACAGUGCCGUGGAAGUCAUCGUAUUAUGAAGUGUCCUGCACUCAUAGCAAUGCCAAUAGAGCAGCGGUUCGAAGCAAUACGAAAUUUGAAGCUUUGCUACAAUUGUUUACGGGGUGGACAUUCUUCGAGGCAGUGUCCAUCGGGAGGUUGCAGGAGCUGUGGCCGCAAGCACAACACCAUUUUGUGCCGCGACAAACCUUCGACCAUUGUACAGCCAGCCUCACCAUCUCCACCCCACGUGUCUAAUGAAGGAACCAGUCAAGUAAAAUCAACAACUGCUUUGUGACUAGCAGCCCCUGCAGCA